ACAGACGAGCCACCGAGUGGCGCCCUUGCGCCACCCACUCCCCUGGAUACGUGGACGAGACGCGCGCUGUCAUACGUGAUGAUGACGCCCAAGGAUUUGCUGUCGAUGCUCGAACACAUCGAACAAGGAACGGAAGUGCAGCAUGAGAGAGAGAGAGAGAGGAGAUGUUUUGUGUGCGAAGUUAGUUUGCUGAUGUUGAUUCACAUUAUCGUUUAAAAGGAAGAAGGUCGGCGGCGGAUUGCCGAAGGAAGCGUUUCCUUCUUUGCGAUAAACCGAGAUCAGAUAGUCCUCCUGGACUGACCCCGUCACUUUCUCCGAGAGCAGGAACUCCUCAGCCAGGAUGGAUCCAGCUUUACUGAGGGAGAGGGAGCUGUUUAAGAAAAGAGCUCUGUCCACGCCGGCGGUAGAGAAGAGGCAGGCCCCCUCCGACUCGCACAAGAAGAAGAAGCCCAAACUUGAAAAGGAGAGCUCCUCUGGGUCCAAACAUGGCGCUGAGUCUAGCAAUGGCAACUUUAACAUCAAGACGAGCUCUGGGUACAAGUUUGGCUGCCUCGCCAAGAUAGUCAAUUACAUGAAGACGAGGCAUCAGAAUGGCGAUACACACUGCCUGACCCUGGAGGAGAUCCUGGACGAAACCAAGCUUCUCGACAUCAGCAUGAAACAGAAACAGUGGCUCAUGACUGAGGCCUUGGUCAGCAACCCAAAAAUCUACGUCCGCGAUGGGACGUACGGCUUCAAGCCCAAGUACAACCUGAAGGACAAGAAGGCCCUGCUGAGGCUGCUGGACAAACACGACCAGCUGGGCCUGGGAGGAGUGCUGCUGGACGACGUGGAGGAGGGGCUGCCCAACUCGGCCAAGGCCAUCAAGGCUUUGGGGGACCAGAUCAUCUUCGUGACAAGACCAGAUAAGAAGAAGAUCCUCUUCUACAACGACAAGCACUGCCAGUUCAUAGUCGACGAAGAAUUCCAGAAAUUGUGGAGGAGUGUUCCAGUUGAUUCCAUAGAUGACGAGAAGAUUGACGAGUACCUGAAGAAACAAGGCAUCUCCUCCAUGCAAGAGACCGGACCAAAGAAAGUGUUACCAGUUAAGAGGAAGAAGCAAGGUGGGCAGAGGAAGAGACACUUCAAGACCCACAACAACCACUUGGCAGGCGUUCUGGAGGACUAUUCGGAGGGCGUUCCCGUUAAGAAGUGAGACCUCGUGGCCUCAAGAGAGGCAACAGAGGCCACAUGACAACACAAAGACUUUUUCAUGGCAGUCUGAGACUUAUUCCCCCGCCCCCUUUUCUUUGCACACCUGUCAGUGAGCAGUGGUCAUGUAUUACAUGGCGUAAACAGCAGCCGUGUUGUGGAAUAAUUUUUUGUUUGGUUAUUGAUCAGUGAUAACUGCAGAAUAAGAAAAAAAUAAAUGCAAAGGGUACAGAGACAUUUAACCAAACACCACCUUCCUUACAGGGGGCCACUGUUCCAAUGCAGAUGAGGUUUCUUCACUUUAUUUAGUUUAUUGCAGAGAGGGGUGUGCGCGCGUGUGUUUGGAAGCUUUUAUUUUGAAGGACAUCCGACCUCAUCUGACUGCAACCUCCCCCACCCCUUUUAAUAGGAGUAGCAGAAGACGUGCAGAGAUGUGCGUCCCUCAUCCAAGCAUGAACCAUCUUCCUUCUCGUGGGCUUUCAAAAGUAUUUCAAUUCCUUUCGCUUCGCAGCGCCAUGCAGCAUAGCAGUUUACAAUAAUUAAACUUUUUGGAACAUAUUUUAAUAAAUGACACUGUUACAAGAGA